CCCCCCACCCCCCACAACAGUUCCCUUCUCUCCUCUGUAUAAUUUCAUUUCACUUCAAACCCACCAAGAAAGUAUCUUAAUUUGAAGAUUUUUCUUUGUAAGUGUGUGCGGCGGAGAGAGUAUUGCAGCCAAUAAUCCACGUAAAUUUCUUUUGUGUUUGUGUCUGGGAGUACAGGAAAAUGGCUGAAACGAAAGGGGAGAACAAGAGAUUAUCGAUAAACCUCUCCUUUCUUGCUCCCGCUGACUCCACAAAACCAACCGGUGCCAACAAAUCUCCCAAGAUUUUCGAGGAGCCAAACGGCGUCGUUGGGCUAGGGAUUCUUGCAGCUCUGGAGAAUCAAGAUCCAGAUUAUGUCAGUGGUGGUGUCAGAAGUGCGGUUCUGGCAAUCUCUCCCAAAUCCGCAUCGAAUCCCAUCCCAAUUCUCAGCAACAAAAUUUUCUCGGAGGAUGAUAGUAGUAAGAAGCUUAGUGGGGAUGAAAUGGGAGUGGAUGAGGAGUACACUUGUGUUAUAUCUCACAUUGGAGAGAAUCUGAUCAAGAAAGAGUAUUUUGAGACUGACCUUCUCGGAAACAACAAUGGGUCUCAGAGGGUUUCUGUUGUUAAAGGAAAUGGCGGUGGUUAUGAGGCGGUAUCCGCGAGUGGUGGUGGUGGUGGAGGAAUUGCCGCCUUGGCGAUCGCUGAUUUUCUGGAUUCUUGCUUUCUUUGCAAGAAGAGGCUUCAUGGUUUGGAUAUUUUUAUGUACAGAGGCGAAAAGGCAUUUUGCAGUGCAGAAUGCCGGUACAGGCAAAUCUCAAUCGACGAACAGAACGAGAAGUGCCAUUCUGGGGCGAGGAAGCCAGUCGAGCACUCCGUUUCACCUUGCUCCGAUCCACUUCAGUUUUCCACUGGAGUUGCCGCGGCCUGAGUAGCAGUUAAAUUUGUUUAUACCUACAAUAUAUAUACGAAUUACAGAUGAAUAAAAGCAUGUUGGAAAGAAGCUAUUUUCCUACGUAGUCUAUAUGUGAUUUAUUCAUAAAGGGCAAGGAAGAACAACUUCCUAGUUUUUGCUUUGUACGCUCUGAUAGAGGCUGGUCAAUGGUGUAGUAACAGGUGAACAUGAGAUUAUGUAUCAGAGAAAGCAAAAGGAAGGCACUGAAAUAAUUGUCUUCUUAUCUGCCCACUCUUGUUCUUUGAAUAUUAUUGAAAUUUAGAUUUGAUAA